AUGAAAACACUGAAAAAUACCAUUCCGACAAUAAUUUUAUGGAUUUGUUUCGUCAUUUGUGAUUCGACAAGCAGUCCUCUUCCCACCAUCUGUGAUCAUGGAACAAUCAAUACUUCCAACGUUGUAACUCACGUGAUGUACUCUGAUAAACAAAAAGUUAUUCGUCGCAGUAUACCAUCAGAAUUAAAAAUCCAUACUCACUAUGAUAGAUCGAUUAAAUCGUUAAAGAAUUUUCAUCAUAUUAAGAGAGAUAUCAUUGAGGUGGCAGUAAACUUUUGGAGAGAUGCUCUCCUAGUACGUCAGUCUUAUAUCAUACCUAGUCGGCUAAGACUAGACAGAGCUUGUGUUGAUGCUGCUACAAAGUUAUCGAAAUUUGAUAACCAACUUUUAACAUUUUGUACUAAUGGAUGUAUGGAUUGGACGAAAUGUGGACCUGUUAAUAUUCCAGUAUCCCAUCUAAAUCAAUGUAGGUUUAUAUACAAUGGAACUGCAAUGAUGUCAGGUCAUAAAGGAGAAGGAGUAUAUGGAGUCAAUUUUAUACUGUACAUUUCAUCGCUCAGAACGCAUCGGUGUAAUACGGCUAAGGUUUUAGGCUAUGCUGCACAUUGUCAACUAGAAGCGAAUACUGAUCGUCCUAUUGCUGGCUAUAUCAAUUUUUGUCCUGAUACAUUGAGUCAUGAAUACAAUGAUAAAAUGCGUUCUUUAUUCGUUGCUACUCAUGAAAUUUUGCAUGCAUUGGGAUUUUCUACAAGUCUAUUUGCAUUCUACCGUGACAAGCAUAAUCGACCAUUGACACCACGUGACCCAACUACACUUAAACCUGCACUGGGCUGGUAUCCUGGUAAAAAUGGGCAAGUAUAUCAGUGGAGUGACAAAGUGGUUCAAAGAGUUAAUCGCACCUGGUUAAGCGCUUUGGGAACUUUUCAAAAACUAGCACAUAUUGUAGUUUUACCAACAGUUGUAAGUGUUGCCCGAAUAUUCUUUAACUGUCCAACUCUUGACGGUGUCGAGUUAGAAGACGAAGAUGAAGCUGGUGUAUAUUUAACUCAUUGGGAAAAACGUCUUCUAGAGAACGAUCUAAUGACAGCUACAUUUACAAAUUCAUAUCGUAUUUCACCGAUUACACUGGCAAUGAUGGAAGACACUGGCUGGUAUGUAGCCAACUAUGCAUUAUCACAGUCUUUCAGUUGGGGGAAGGGGAAAGGUUGCGUUUUCGCCACUGGUAGUUGUUUGGAAUAUAUGCUACAACAAAAGCUUCGGGGUCAACCAAUUACACCGUUCUGUCAACAUUUACAACUUUCAUCUAGUUUGAAGAAUAAGAAUGGCGGAUUACAAGUUAGCUGUACACCUGAUGGAGAAAGCUAUGGAUUUUGCAAUCUUAUUGAUUAUCCUGAACCAUUACCUUCUGAAUAUGUUUAUUUUGUUCGUGGGAAUAUGUCAACAGGUCAAACAAAUGAUGAGAUCAGUUUACCCACCGGUGCAUUAGACAAUCAAUAUCCUCUUGUUAAAAUAGGCGGUAAAAUAGCUUUGGCCAAUUACUGUCCAUAUCAUCAGGAAAUAGAAUGGGAAGACAAUGGAGGGAAGGCUGUGGCUAAUACUCACUGUCAUACACCUACUAAUCUUCAAGACCCACACAAUAACUUUAAGCUUGAACGAUUUGGUAUGGAAUCCAUAUGUGUACAACACAGUUCUAAAUGGCAUUUAACAAACGAAAAUUCGUUAUUUGUUCCACCUGUAGAAGGAGCUGGUUGUUAUACUUUCCGAUGUUCAGCUGAUGAAGGUGGUCUAGUGCUGGAAUUAGCUGGAAGUAUUUCAAUUCCAUGUGAAGUUCCGGGAGGAUUAAUUGAAGUUAAUGCUUGUUUAACAAAACAAAGUCUGACUGUGAAUGGAAAACUCAUUUGUCCAGAUUGUAGGAAUCUUUGUCCUCUCUCUGAAUGUCCCCAAGUGUAUUCCAUUUCACAACAGGAUUCAGCUGCCUAUAGCAUGUCAAACUCUGCUUACUAUUCUUCUUCGAAGUCUUCCGCUCCUUCUAUAUAUGAAACAAAAAUGUUCAGUCCUAAAUCAAAAACUAUCCAUUAUCAUUAUUCAUGGUUGGGUAAUAAUAAAACUGCGCUUAUUGUAGAGAAUCCUUUGUAUAUAGUUGAAGAUAUUAAGCCAAAACAUGGUGUAGUGAUACAACAGGCAAUUCUACCUGGUCAAUGUUCAGUCAGCGGUGCCUAUUCAUCAUUUGCUUCCCCUGAUCUCACCUUCUCCUCUUUUUUUAUUUUGCUAUUGUAUCCUCUGAUUACCUUUUUUGGAUAGAUCUUUCUAAGAAUUAUGAGAAAAAUAAAAGAAGCAUUAUUUUCUUUUGCAUUUUUAUAACUCAAUACCUGUUUGAAUAAUAAUAAUGAUAAUAAUAAUGCGCAAUACCAUCGUUAUCAUGUCUACGCACUUUUUCUCUCUGUUACUUUUGUUAUUUUGUUUUUGUUAUUGUCUCCUGAGUAAAACAGGAGAACAGAACAAGUGCAUUUCUUGGUUCAGAGUUAUGUAAAACUUAUCAAAAUUUUAUCAAAUUCAAAUAUUUUCGUCUUAAUAUUUUGCCUUUUCAUGGAUAAUCCCCAUCCAGGCAUUAAUGAAAACAAAACACGUAGAUCAGCGAAGAGUCUCUUUUCGCCGGCGAAUUCAUUUU